AUGCCUCAGUCUCGUUUCUCUGUAUCUUACCUUGCCGUCCGCCUUGCUGCAUCUCGUGCUAUAUUCUCGACGAUGUCGGUUCCUACUCUCGAUGCUGUUAAAUGGACCAUUUCGUCCAUCGUUAUCCUCUCUGCAUCUUACACCUAUUUCGUUAACAAACUCACCAAUAGUACUGGUGCUUCACCACCAACGAACCCAUCUGUUCUGUUACUGCCCAGGCAGGGACUAAAUCCAGCACAGGCGCAUCGUCUCCGUGCGGCGAAGCAAGCACGAACAGAACGCGAUCGGGAGGAACAACGUCGUCUCAAGUUAGCAUCAGCGCGACCAUUUCGUCUGCUUGACCUACCGCCAGAGCUCGUUCUUGUUAUCCUAGGCCACUGUACCUCCCCCGCGACAUAUUCGUCUCUUGUGCGCACAUCGACACAAUGCCAGAAACUCGUGUUCCACGCGUGCCUCCCUCGCCUCCCCAUCCGCCUCAUAACCCCCGAACAGGUGUGCUCAUUCGAUCUGUUUCUCCGCUCUCGCCCACGCCUCGCGCGGCUUAUUCAUCACCUGUGGGUGACGCCCACAAAGCCAGAGCACAUCACGACGGUGACGGCGCUCGUUCGGAAGUGCACGAAUCUGUACACACUAGCGACCGGCACCGUCGUCGUAGAACACGCUAUCAAGAUCGUCACCUCGCACCUGACGGCCGACGCGCACGCCCCGCCGAAACUCAGCCAUCGGCACUGCAAGGACCUCACACUGCUCACGACGAGCAACGAUCAGUGGUCGAGGAUGCUCGCCUCUCAGAGCGGACUGCUGUUCUUCCAAUCCCUCACCCACCUUCGCCUGAUCGGAGAAGACGUGUCAAUACCUGUGAAUGUCAUCCUCCCAAUGCUCACCCACCUUUCGUACGGCACCACCGAGCCCACGGCGAGUCUUCCAAGCCCCACUGUGGGUUCGGAACUUCUAAAGGACCGGGACACGUUCCCUAUGUUACGAACGGUGAUAUUGACAAAGCCGAGAGACCAUGGUGGGCUGCGUAGGUCUGUGAUGGGGAAGUCGGCGGCGGGCUCAGGAAAGAAGGACACGACUGUGGGCAGGGCAUGGUUGGUCGAGCUGCCUUAUGGACAGACGGAGCUCGAGCUAUGGUGCGAUAAUGUGUAUGGGGCAGGGCGUGGGCUAUGGGAGUUGUGUACGGAUUGA